UUAAUUAAUCAAGUUUGUCGUCAGCCCACUGAAGGACUACUAUGCGACGCAUUGUCAAAGACUAAUAUUGGGAAGAACAGGUUCCCCUCUAAACUGGACACUCUGCCCUAUGAUAUGACUCGUGUGAGGCUUAGGACUGCCAGUGGCACUGGAGACUACAUUAAUGCUAACCAUGUUGAUGGUUACAAGCAUCGCGGUGCAUUCUUGGCGACACAGGCGCCAAUGACAGAGACAGUGGAGGACCUGUGGCGCAUGGUCUGGGAGCAAUGGUCGUCGUCUAUUGUGAUGCUGUGUAAUCUUGAAGAAAAUGAGAAGGAGGUGUGUGCUAAGUAUUGGCCUGAUAAAGUUGACGAAUCAGUGACUUACGGUAAAAUGGUCGUCAAACUUGUUUCUGAGGAGAAGAGGCCUCACUACAUCAUCAGGAAGUUAAUGCUUUCUCAAGAGAGCACUUACAUCAACGUAUCAGCUGGUGCUGCUGAUCAUUUGAUGGUGACCCAGUUCCAUUAUGUUAACUGGGCUGAAGAUGAGAAACCGAAAGAUGAGACUCCAUUGCUGAAACUAAUUGAUCAGUUGUUACACAAUCAGAUGAAUACUGGGAAUAAAGCAAUCACAGUGAUGUGCAGGUAAAUAAUAAAUAUAAA